AACUCUACUAAAAUCUCAGCUUCACCCCAAUCGCUCGUAUGACGGAGUCGUCGGAUAAGUCACCGGUACGGCGACAUGACGCGGCGAAGUGGCAUAACAACUCCGAAGCAGUGUCUUCCUCUAGUUCCUUCACCGAUUCCUCCGCCUCGACUUGUUCCAUGGUGACGCCCUCUAUGGAGUUCCCGGAUCGUAUCAGUUUCCGGGAAAGGGAUUUGAGUGAAGCAGGUCCGAGCGGUGUCGUUCUUGCUUCUUCUCUUAGCUCAACGAACCGUGACAAUACUGAGUUGACUCGUUCCGAUUCGAGUGAGACUGAGGAUAUUACUGAGUUGAUACCUUCCGAGUCGAGGGAGAUUGAGAGUUUAAGUACUCCGGCAGGUACUGAGUUGGUAUCUUCCGUUUCACCAUCUUCGUUGAUAGGUAGAAUUGUAGCUCUGAUUAGUCCGCGAGGGAAGUCUCUGAAGAAAUCGCCGAGAAGGAGUGGAGAUAAGGUUAGUCCGGGCCGGCGGUUACAGCGGCGUGAUGCGGCGAAGAAUAUAGAUUAUGUUGCAGCUGAAGAUGUUUCCGGUUCGAGUUCUUUGUUUACGAGUCGUUCUUCUGAGUUUCCGGAUCGUACUAGUUAUCGAAUUGGAGGAGGUGGUGAGGGAGAAAUGGAUCGGAUUUUUAGGGAUCUUGAUGUUUCUGGUCCUGAUGAUUUGGGUAUAUCUGUUGAUGCUUGGGAAGGUCAUAAGAAGCGUUCCUCUUCAGAUGUUAUUAAUGGGUUUAAGUCUCUUGACCUUGAUAGUCACAAGGUUUGGGAUUUGGGUGGAGCAGGUCCUAGUGGUGGUGAUGUUGUUGCUGCUUCUAAUUUGAUAAGUGCUGAGUCAAACGAGAUUGAGAAUCCUGCGGAUAUGGAAGUUGUUGGUAGUGGUACAGUGAAGUCAAGAGAGUAUCUUGUUCCCAAUGAUGCGGUGGCUGUUGGUGGUGGAAUUAAAGGGGUAAGACCACCGGUAAUAAGCCUUCCUCUGGUGGAUAAGGGAGUUGGUAAUGGUGGUACGGUAGAGAAUAGGCGUGGUAUUAAGGGAGUAAGACCAUCGGUAAUAAACCUUCCUGGGGUGGAUAAGGAAGUUGGCAUUGGUGGUACGGUAGAGAAUAGCCGUGGUAUUAAGGGAGUAAGACCAUCGGUACUUAAGCCUCCUCCGGUGAUGAAUCUACCUCCAGUUGAUCUUCCCGGAUCAUCUUGGGAUAUCAUUACUCAUUUUGCUCCUGAAAGUGAAACACUUAGGCGGCCGAGUUCUUCUUCUUCUUCUUCAGAAAAUGGUUUUGACGAAGAGGAAGUUGGGGAUGAAAAAGUGGGAACUGAACAGACGGGAGAUAUGGUUAUCGAGAUGGAGGAUAUGACUGAUGAGGCAUGCUCAUUCACUACAAACGAGUGUGACUCCUCAAGUACAUUUUCGAAUACCUCACCAAUUGAUGUCUCCGGAGGAUCUAUCAAUACUUCUUGGCAGAAGGGUCCACUUCUGCGACAAGGAUCAUUUGGCUCUGUGUAUGAAGCCAUUUCAGAAGAUGGGGGUUUCUUUGCUGUUAAGGAAGUUUCACUUCUUGAUCAGGGAAGUCAGGCACUAAAAUGCAUACAACAACUUGAAGCAGAGAUUGCACUACUUAGUCAGCUUCAGCAUCAGAAUAUUGUGCGAUAUCGUGGCUCAACCAACGACGGGUCAAAUUUGUAUAUCUUUCUUGAGCUUGUAUCCCAGGGGUCCCUUCAAAAACUCUACCAAAAAUUCCAGCUUCGGGACUCUGUGGUCUCAUUGUACACAAAACAGAUCCUUGACGGAUUGAAAUAUAUCCAUGAGAAAGGUUUUAUUCACAGGGACAUCAAGUGUGCAAAUAUAUUGGUGGACUCUAUUGGCGCCAUCAAACUUGCAGAUUUUGGAUUGGCAAAGGUGUCAAAGUUAAACGACAUGAAGUCCUGCAAUGUAACUCCAUUUUGGAUGGCUCCGGAGGUUAUUAACCCCAAAAGUAAUGAUGGGUAUGGAAGUCCAGCUGAUAUAUGGAGCCUUGGGUGCACUGUGCUGGAAAUGUGUACUGGUCAGAUACCCUACUUUAAUCUCCAACCCGUGGAAGCCCAUAUUAAGAUCAAAAAGGGUAUGCUUCCAGACAUACCUGAUACUCUAUCGCUAGACGCUCGUGAUUUCAUUAUUACAUGUCUCAAAGUGGCCCCGGAAGAGCGGCCAACUGCAGCUGAGCUGCUGAACCAUCAAUUUGUGAGAAGGCCCUUACCAUCCUCGGGCUCAGGAGGCUUGGUUUCUCCACUUAUUCGCAGAUGAGGCUAACUUUCGUAGAUUGCCAAUAUAGGUGUACCCAGAAGAUGUAUGAUGGAGUAGACCCUGUAGAAAUGAUUGUGGAGACACGAGAUAUGAUUUUUCGACACACGUGCGGAUUGGGUUGCGAAGCAAGAGCUAAACUUCCUGCAGACAUUUCUUCAGGUAGUUUCUGUCACAUUCGAUGGUUGUCUGUUCUAAGUUGUGUGUUUGGCUUAGUUUUAAAAGUUAAAACUGAAGAGCCUAAAUUGAAUUAAAGUUUUGACUUUUGAGUGUAUAGGUUUGUUUAGUUUUGUUGAAUUAUAGUGCACCCAUAUCAUGUAAUGUAUAAGAAGAACCUUAAGAGUUUUGGGUGUAUAGGUUUGUUUGGUUUGGUUUUGUUAUAUUAUAGUGUAUGCAUGUUUAUCCCAUAUCAUGUAAUGUAUAAUUGGUUUGGUUCUUAUAUAUAGUUCCUGCUGGUUGUAACGGUGUACA